AUGGAAUCAGAUUUGGAUUCAAAUAUAAUCAAAGCUACACAAACAUCGCUCGGAAAAUAUGUUAAACGUCCUCCCCUGAGUGAAAAAUUAUUGAAAAAGCCACCAUUUCGGUUUUUACACGAUAUUGUGACUUCAGUGUUAAAAUCUACAGGUUUCUUCAAUGGAUUAUUUGAUGAAAGUGAACUCGUGUCUGACAAUGUGAAGGAUAGAGAAGCUAAAAUAUCAUUUUUAAAUAAAAUUAUAUAUGUAGUAGGUAAAACGACUGGAGAGCAACUGCUUGUCAAACCGUCCAAAAUUGUUGCCGGUCAAGAACCGGAGAAAACUAAUGAGUUGUUACAAUGUUUAGCAUUAGCUCUUGAUAAACAAUUAAAGUCAGAUGAUGCGGUUGACCAAUUUAAACGUGAAAAAGGAGGCGUUGAAGCAGACAAACAUGUCAAGGGUUCAAUUGGUUCUAGUGUUAAAAUUGAUUCAAGAAAAAAGCGUACAGAGAUCGCGCCUAGAGAGAUCGAUCGAUCCAAAAAAGGUGAUCAAGGACAAACGCUUAAAAAUAAAUCGAAAGAACCAGUCAAAGUCAAAAAAGAAUCUGUGUCCAAAAUUACAUCACAGCAAAAUAAGUUAAAAUCUAAAGAGAAGCUAGAGAAAACAAUAACUAAAGCACCUAAAGAAACUGCGAUAACUACUACAGAUCAAAGUUCCAUAGAGAUAAAUACUAAUGAAAGUGUGAAUUUACAGAAAAACGUUGAUAGUCCAACUACAAAACAUAAAAAUGAUGACCUGAACAGUGUUGAUUUAAAUAAGUCUCUUAAUUCUGAGGGCAGUAUACGAACUUCAGAUGUGACUCAAGCGCAGAGUCCUAGAUUAAAUGAAUUAAACGAAAGUAAUCUCGCAAGCACUGAAAAAAAUGACUCAAAUAAUGAAGACUCAAGUAAUGAAAAAAAUGACUCAAAUAGUAAAGAAAAUCAAGAAUCAAUUUAUGAAAAAGAACACGGAGAAAAUAUAAAAGUUGCAAGUGAUUUACAAAAAGAAAUAGCAGAAAAAGAUAGUCCAAGACUAUAUGCUGAAAAAAAAUCGGGAAUCACAAAGAGAAAUGAUAUGCAAAUUAUUGAUGUCUCAAAUACAAGACCACCCAGUGCAAGACCUGCAUCAUCUCGACCUGGUGCACCGAGAGUACGUGAAAGACAUGAUAAUAAUGUAUCAUCAAAUAAUAUUACUAUUAUUGGAAAGGUUAAUAUUAUAUCCGAAAAUUUGUUAUCAGAAGAGGAUGAAGAAACAAGUUUUGUUAUAGAAAAUAAUGUAGAUAAUGAUGGAUUGUUGAAUCAAUCUGAACAUGUUUUACCUAAUCAACACGGCCAUUUAGUUCAACAAAUAUUAGAUUCACAGAAAGAAUACACUAAUGUGUCGGGUAGAACUGAAAUUGAAUGGCAAUUCGAAGCACAGAAAACUAGAGAAGAUAUAAAUAAAGACAUAGAGCAAUUGCGUUAUAAUAUACAAGUGCUCUCUCGAAUAGCAAAUCCCUUAGGUAAAUUAUUGGAUCAUUUACAAGAAGACGUAGAAGUUAUGCGUCAAGAAUCACUUCAAUGGAUACAAACAUACGAAGAGACUUAUAAAGAAUUGUUGAAGCAGAAAGCAAUUAGUGAAGACUUACUGCUUCCUCUCCACUCGAAAAUUAAACAACUAGAUACAGAAAUUUCUGAGAAGCACGAGAAAAUCGACGACUUAAAAUUAAUUAUUUAUAAAAAUACUUGUAGAAUCGACAAACUUUUAGCGUCCGGGAAUAUGCAAUAAAUUAACCUAAUAAAUGAAUUAUUGUGAUUAGUUUACAUUUUGUUAGAGGUUAGGAGAUUAAUAAAAAUAUU